AUGGAACGCACAACACACAAUGCAAACAUUGCCGCGAGGCUACAUCAACCUGGGAUAAGUGUUACCUUUAAAUAUCAGUGUGUUGCCGGCUUCAGAAAGUCAAUGCGAUUUGGGUCAGAAGAGCAAAUCAAUCAUAGUUGCAGACUUAACAUUUUAGAUGUUACGUCCUUGUGCGCAAGUGAUAUUUCUACGAUAACUGUGCUGUUUGAAGCGAUAAUGAUAUUAGUAGCAAUGAGCUCUGAAAUGAUUGCAGCGAGUUGA